GUUCGCUGUGAACAGUCGUUUUAUUCAUUUGUGCAGUGCGCUAUCUUAUCGUGUUAAUAAAUUUUUAUCGCAAAUGCCGUCGUCGUCAGGCGGCGACGGUCGUAAUCUAGGCCAAAAACCUUCUACCACCAAAACCAAAAAUAACCGAACAGACUCAGAAUGGAAACAAGUGGAUUAUUCCAAAAACCUAGCCCAACAUGUAGCCACUGCGGUGUAAGCAAACACUCCAUUGAAUCGUGCCCAACUGCUCAAGCAACCGAUCCAUGCUGCCUAUACUGCCAACUUCCACAUCUUGCAACCGAUCGUAACUGUCGUGAAUGGAAUUCCCAGCGGGACCUCAAAAAAAUAAUGGCCACAGAAAACCUAUCUUUUCGAGACGCAGUAAUCUUCAAGAAACAAAAUCAGGUCACAUCAGCUUUUAGCUACUCCAACAUUGUAAGUAACCAGCCUUCUUCCUCUUCUUCAAAUAAAACAUAUUUUAUCCCUCAUGCCUUUAACACCAUACCAACCUCGCCAACCCUUGCACCUCCAAAAAAUUCCUAACGUCCCACCAGGAAACAUAAAUCCCGUUCCCCCUCCCCUCAUAAAAAUCACUUUCACCUUCCCAAGCAAGCAAGUGUCUCUGUACCUAAUGGAGAAUUUUUAAAAUAUGUUAUUAAUAAUCGACAUGAUACAGCCACAAAUAUUCAAAAUAAAGACUUUUCAUGGGUUGAUACUCUAUCACAACGACUAUCGAAAUCACUACUAAACUCUUUAGAUCUUUCCACACAAUCUGCCACAUCACUAAAAAACCUAAUUGAGUCAUCUAUACAUUCUCUCCUAGUCAUUCCUAAUAUUUCUUGCACCUCUCAUCCCCAAAACUAAACCUCAACUUAAUACAUACGCUCUAUUUUACUAAUAUGAAUAAUAUAAAUAUACUGCAAUGGAACGUUCGUAGUCUCCCUGCGCGCUUACCUUCUCUUCUACACUUACUUACCUUAACCAAAUGCUCAAUUGCAAUACUUUCUGAAACUUGGCUUUCCCCUACCCGUAAAUUCAACAUACCCCAAUUCAAUCUUGUAAGAUCGAACUGUCCCGAUGGUUACGGUGGUGUUGCAAUAGCAACUCACGUAUCCCUCAAAUUCCGAAAAGUCGAUAUUGAAGCCAAUUUAAUUCAAACAUUUGCUCGUUACAAGAUCGACGUGAUCGGAGUAGAGAUCGACAACGGCGUCAAUGUUUCCCCCUUGUCAGUUUGGUCUUGUUAUAUUCCCAAUGACUCAACUAUCCCAUCAAGUGUAUGGAACUCACUGUUCCAACUAACCAAAAAUAAUUGUAUCUUUUCCGGCGAUUUUAAUGCACAUCAUCCUGCUUGGGGCUCCACCUUCUCCUCUCAUCGUAGAAACGAAAUUUAUGAAACAAUUAACUCCUUAGGACUCUGCAUUCUCAACGAUCGCUCCGACACUCAUCUCGGUAGACCUAACUGUAGCAACUCCGCCAUAGACAUUUCCUUCACCUCUCCCAACUUAAUUUGGAACACACCGUGGUCCACACUGGACGACCCUCAUGGUAGUGACCACUUCCCGAUACUAAUUUCAACCAAUUUUGACGUCGCCUAUCAACCUUAUUCCAAUAGAUCAACUUUUACUAAUUCCGCAAGUAUACAAUCAUCCCCUCCUCAAUUCAACUUCAAUAAAGCUAACUGGAAACUCUUCGCACAACUUAUCGAUUCCUCAAUCACUCAUAUUGAUAAAUUAACGUGUAAUAUUGAAAAAUACAACCAACUUACUCAGUUAAUAUUUGACUCUGCCAAAGAAGCCAUUCCCCUCAAGCGGGUGAAUUCCAAUAAUUAUCCAACUUCGCCCCCAUGGUGGGAUACUUCUUGUACUCUAUCCGUUAACAAACGUAACGCACUAUUUAAAAUCUAUCGUAAUACUGGCUCAAUACAAGAUCUCUUUAAAUACCGCAAUCAAUGCGCCUCCACCACCCAUCUACUAAAAAACAAAAAAAAGACUCCUGGAAACAAUUUUGCUCCACACUCAAUCCCUCAUCUUCUUUGCAAUCUCUUUGGGCCACUGCCAAACGUUUUCGCAGGUGCGUACACCCAGUUAUAAGACCCCAUAAUGAUGAUUGGUUUGAUGACUUUUGUUCCAAAGUUGCUCCUUGCUACGUACCUUCUGAAUCAGAAUCUAUCUAUGCCCCUCAUGUAUAUUCCGCCGCCCCCACUUCUGAGCACUGUCUCAAUAAACACAUAAAUAAACACGUAAGUCUCUUGCUUCUGGCAUGGAUCACAUAUCUGCAAUAAUGUUACGUAACUUACCAACCAAUGCACUCGACCUUCUCCUCUCUAUCCUAAAUAAUAUAAUUAUAUCGAACAGGAUCCCUGAAUCCUGGACUGUUUUCAAAGUAAUCCCAAUACCUAAGGCAAAUUCAAUCUCAUCCUUCAGACCUAUCGCAUUAUCUUCCGCUAUAUGUAAAAUAUUUGAAUAUAUAAUCAAAAAUAGGCUAGACUGGUGGUUAGAAUCGAACUCUAUUUUACCUGAUAACUU